CUUGAAGAUUUUGCAGCAAUGGAGUUGCUGGCAUCUUUUUAUGCUGAGAAGCCGGUGGUGAUCUUCAGCAAGAGCACUUGCAGCAUUUGCCAUUCUGUGAAGGCUCUGAUACGCAGCUUCGGUGCCAACCGUACAGAUAUAGAGGUUGACAAAAUGGCAAAUGGGGAGCAAAUAGAAAGGGCACUGAUUCAGCUGGGUUGUCGCCCAACUGUACCAGCAGUGUUCAUUGGACAACGAUUUAUAGGUGGUGCUGAUGAACUCAUAAGGCUCAACGUCCAAAACCAGCUUGCCCAGUUGCUUUUAAGCGCUGGAGCUAUAUUUAUUUGGAGCCCAUAACCUCAGAGGAUCAAACAAGGGACCCUCUACUCUUUCUUCUUAAACCUAAUAAUGUUUCUGCUCUUUUUUCUUCGCUUCUUGUUCUGCUGCACAACUUCAUUCUCAAUUUUUGUGUAAUGUAAGUGGAGUAUAUGCCUCACAUGACAAUGGGCCAAGGCAUGCACAUGUUAUCAAA